AUGGAGACAAAGACGACCUGCAACAAUCUACCAAACUUUGUAUCUUCAUUCGUCGACACUUUUGUUGACUUCUGCGUCGGCGGUAUAUUCUUGCCGGAACCUCCGUCUCCUCCGGUUUUCCAAACUUCCUUCCCUUCCCCUGAACGCCUAAUAGCAAUCGGUGACCUACAUGGCGACCUUCUCAAAUCCAAGCAAGCCCUCCGUCUCGCCGGUCUUAUCGACUCCAACGACCGCUGGUCUGGUGGGUCCUCUACCCUUGUCCAGGUCGGCGACGUCCUCGACCGUGGCGGUCAGGAGCUGAAAAUCCUCUACUUCCUGGAGAAACUUAAACGGCAGGCUGUUAAAUCGGGCGGCAAUGUGAUCACCAUGAACGGGAACCAUGAAAUCAUGAACGUGGAUGGCGAUUUCAGGUACGUGACCUUGUCUGGACUAGAAGAAUUUACGAAUUGGGCUGAUUGGUUUUGUAUCGGUAACAACAUGAAGAGUUUAUGUGAUGGAUUAGAAAAACCUAGAGAUUUGUACGAAGGUAUUCCUUUAAGCUUUCCUCGUGUGAAACAGGAGUACGUCAAGGGUUUUAGAUCUCGGAUCGCUGCAUUGAGGCCCCAAGGUCCAGUGGCAACUAGGUUUUUAUCAAAGAAUUUGACUGUAGUCGUGGUGGGCGAAUCGGUGUUCGUUCAUGGGGGGAUUUUGCCUGACCAUGUUGCUUACGGGUUGGACAGAAUCAACGAAGAGGUUAGGGAUUGGAUUAGUGGAUUGAAAGAGAAGGUAGCUUCCAGUCUGGUGAGGGGUAGAAAUUCUCUUGUUUGGUUGAGGAAAUUUUCUAACGAGGUAGCUAAGGAUUGUGAUUGUAGCAUGCUUGAGCACGUUCUUUCAACGAUUCCAGGUGCUCGGAGGAUGAUCAUGGGGCAUACUAUUCAAGAAGCUGGUAUCAAUGGAGCCUGCGGUAACAGAGCAAUAAGGAUUGACGUUGGUAUGUCUCGAGGCUGCAUCAAUGGGUUGCCGGAGGUUCUAGAGAUUAACGAGAAUUCAGGGGUGAGAAUGAGAGUUUUAACAGCAAAUCCAAAUCCGAAUCCAAUGUAUCACAAUAAUAAUCAUGAUUCUGGGGGCAAGGAAAGUAUUGGUCUGUUGAUCCCUCAGCAAGUGGAAGUGGAAGUUGAGGCUUAA